AUGUCAAGCGACUGCCAGGAUGAUGAAAGUUAUGGUAUUGUGAUUCCACGAAUGGUGAAGGUGAUCCAGGAGGAUUCUCCGUACUUCCGGCUGAUCAGCCCCAGUGAUGUGGGUCAGAAGGUGGCGCCUGGCAUGGUCACCACAUUCAGGGUUCUCUUCACCCCCGAUGAGAACAAGGACUAUGCGCAGGACUUGUUGUGUAUCACAGAGCGGGAGAAGUUCCUGGUGCCUGUGAGAGCCAUUGGAGCCAGAGCCAUCCUGGAUUUCCCUGACCACCUGCACUUCUCCUCUUGCCCCGUCAAGUACACCUCCCACAGGGUUCUCCUUGUCCGCAACAUAGGCAAGAGGACAGCAACCUUCAUCCUGCAGACACACAGCCCAUUCUUUGUGGAUCCGUCCAGCGGAAAGCUGGACGUGCUGGAGAGCGUGCAGGUCACGAUUGAAUUUAUUCCACAACGGAUUGGAGACCACAAGGAGGACCUGAUAAUACACCUCAAUACAGGUGAGGAUAUCUAUGUUAGCUUGUACGGCGCUGCAACAGACAUCAAUGUCAGGCUGGAUAAGAACUCGCUGCUGAUUGAGAAGACCUACGUCUCACUGGCCAACCAGAGGACAGUGUCCAUUUGUAACAGGAGUGAGGUGGUGGUGCACUUCCAGUGGAAGCAGUUUGCAACCAGGGAAGAGGAGGAGCAACAGAAACUGAGUUUUUUUUCUAGUCUGAACAAUGACAAAGAGGAGGAGAUGGAGCGUUUCCUGGCAGAAUGUUCUGGAGAUCCCUCCGUCAGGGACCAGAUUUCCAUCCUGUCCAGAACCUUCCAGAAUCGCCAACGUGCGGCUGAGGAGGAUUCGCUUAUCUUCUCUGAUCAGACGAUUAUCAUCGAACCAGUGGAAGGAGACGUUUGGGCAAAUUCCACGGCAGAAAUAAAUGUCAUCUUUAAACCUCGAGAGGUUAAAGUUUAUCAACUGACUGUGUUCUGUGAUAUCACAGGUCGUGAGACGAGGCUGCCUCUCCGCAUCAAGGGCGAGGGCCUGGGGCCGCAGCUGCAGCUCAACUUCGAGCGGCUGGACAUCGGGAACGUGUUUGUCAGCUCCACACACACGUACGAGCUUGUCCUGGUGAACAAGGGCGAUAUUGAUGCCACCUACAGCCUGGAACCUCCACAGAACAUCCUGGCCGCCUCCUUCACCUUUACCCCAGACACAGGGCUGCUGGCCUCAGGCGGGUACCAGGUCAUGCAAGUCGUCUUCACAUGCUUCGUUCUUGGGCAGUUCACAGAAGAUUUCUACUUUGCCAUCGAAGGGUCCCCUGAUCGAGUCAAACUGACAAUUGAGGGCUGUGUCAUAGGACCCACGUUCCACUUCAGUUCGCCCACACUCAACUUCGGAGACGUCUCGUUUGGUUUCCCGAGCGUGAUAACCUGCUGCCUGACAAACUCCUCGCUGGUCCCCAUGACAUUUGACCUGCGAGUCUCUGGUGACGGAACGGGAGAGCCCAGUCUGACCAGCCUCAAGUACAUCUCGAAAAUCAGGCAGCCUAGGAAGGGCAAAGGAGGGGCAAACCCCAAGGAGUUCACUAUAGAGCCCUUCCAUGGGGUGGUCAGAUCCCAGGGCAAAAUGGACCUGCAGAUCACGCUGUGCUCCAACUCACUGAAGAAGUAUGAGUUGGCCUUGGUUGUGGAUAUUGAGAACGUUCAUGAGGAAGUGAUGGGGAUCCCUAUUCAGGCCCGCUGUGUGGUGCCCAAUGUGCAGCUGCUGACCUCCGAGCUGCAGUUUCAACGAUGCUUUCUCAAGUACCCGUAUCAGAAAAUAGUCAGACUUUACAACAGCAGCAAGCUUCCAGCAUGCUACGGGAUAAUUGAGCAGGAUAGAACAGACAAUCCCAGCCUUCUGUACUCCUGCCUGGAGCCAUACGGCAUUAUCCAGCCUUUGUCCUCCCUGGAUGUCCCUUUCCAGGUGGAGGUGCAGCACCUAGGCAGCCAGAUGGAGGUCGCUAAGAUAUUUAUAUUGGGCCAAACUGAAGCUUUCAUGAAUGUUCUCUUGUCCGUUAUGGGUGAGGGGCCAGUGGUCCACAUCACCCCAACCAAGAUCGACUGGGGCAAGAUUCAGGUCCUUAGAGACAUCCCCAGGAUCAUCCACCUUUCCAACGAGUCGCUCAUCCCAGCCAAAUUCACAACUGAGAUGAUUCUAGAACAUUCCAAGUGGCACGUGGAGCCCAAGGAAGGAGUGGUUCCAGCUCAGAAAGAGUUGACAAUAACCAUCUUUGCACAUCUGAACGACAUGCUGUGCUUUGAGGACAAACUGCACGUGAGAAUCGAGGACAGUCACAUGCAGUCCAUCAAUGUGAGGGCCUGUGGCAUCGGCACCACCAUUGUUGGUGAUGUGCCCUUUGAGCAGGAGCUCAAUCUGGGAGCAACAUUCAGCUCUGUCUCUCGGCAUCAUCAGAUCAAGCUGACAAAUUGUGGCUGCCGACACCACCAGCUGUACUGGCAGACGGAGGGUUUCCCUCUGAACUUCAAGCCCAGCCCCUGUCUGCCGCCCGCCAGCGCCGACAUCAAACAGCGCAUGGCCCCCACGCCACAGGGACAGUACCUGCCCGUCUUCAAAAUCAGCCCCAUCCGCAUGGACCUGCCACCCGGCCGCAGCACAACGCUCACCCUGGAGGGUCACUCCGACUUCCCCCGGUUUGUGAGCGGACAGCUGGUAUGCCAUGCUGUGAUUGGAGGCAAGCCGGGCAAAGAGAGGAUCAUAUCACUGGUGAUCAACUGCGAUUUCAUCGCCCCCAUCAUCGAAUUUUCAACCAAACAACUCAACUUUAUCAUAAACAAGCUUCCAACUGAUGUGCUUGCUCCUUAUUAUAAACCUCUUCUGAUGAAAAACGUCUCCCUCCUGCCUGUCACCUUGGUGCUCAGCAUGAAUGGGCCCUUCGUCUUCAUGCCUGACAGUGAGGAGGAUGAGGAAGUCACUUCAAAGGUGGAAGGAAAUUGCUUUGUCUCCAUUGCAACCAUUGGUCUGGACGUUGGUCAGGAUGUCAAGCUGUUGAUCCAGUUUGACCCCACGUUCAAGGAUGACCUGCACACACGGAUCAUUGAGGAGUCGCUGACUAUCCGCUACCUGGAGCACCCACACGUGGAUCUGGUGGAGCUGAGAGGCGCGGUGCACUUCCCCAACCUGCAGUUUGAGACCAUGCUGGUGGACUUUGGCUGCAUCCUGAAUGACACUGAGAUGGUGCACUACAUGACAAUGACCAACAACAGCCCCCUGCUGGUCAAGUACAACUGGAAAUUCCUUGUGGACAAUUGGGAAUACACCAUCAGGUAG